CCUUCUUUCUCUUUCUGCUUUUUGCUUUUUUCUUCUCCAAACCUCAGGUAGGUCCCACCAGCCUGCAACUCUUGGGCUAGAAAAAGCUUCCCUCUCCCCCCUUAUAAUUAAAUCUUCUUCACGCAGCAAACACACCCAUUCAUAACUCCUCCUUUCAUUUUCUCUCUCUACUUUUUCACUCUAAAAAUUAAAAUCAAUUGUUUCACUCAACACUCAACAAAAGUUCAAUCCCUGCCUACUAGCUUCUGCAAUGGGUGAACAGACUCUGGACUCUGAAAACGCUGCGUUUUGGCUCCCUACCCAUUUUCUUACCGACGAUGACUUUCUCUCCGACGAGAUAGGGUUUAAGAAAGACGAACGUUUGUUUAGUAACUCGCUUAGGUUUGAGCCUAACUCGUCGAUUGACUCACCGGUGAGUUCGACUGAAACUGAACGCGGUGAUAAUAAUGGUAACGACAAAAAUGAUGACGAUAUGUUUAUGGCUGAGUUAACUCGCUACCUUGCCCGUACCUCUCUCAACGACUCUUCUGAUGAGAAGCCGUGGAUGAUAUCUACUUCUCCACAAUCGACGUUAACAGGGUUUGGUCCUUGGACUUCAAGAAGUGGGUUUUCAAGUAACGGAAGUCCAAACGGUCCUUCUCAAGUUCCUUCACCGCCGUUGACACCUCCUGCUAAAAAUGACGCCGCCUGGGAACUUCUCUAUGAAGCUGCCGGUCAAGUUGCUUGUCUCAAAAUGAAUGCUCUGGCUGCUCAAAUGAACCAAAACCACCAUAACAGAGGCCUACUUAGGGCCCCACACAACAUUCCGUACUCUAAAUCACAUCAAAGCCACCAUAACUCUUAUUAUGAUUUUCCGCAGUAUGAACAAGUGAAGAGACAGGGGAAUGGUGGGUUUAACUGUCAACAUCACAGCCAUAACCAUAUCCAGCAAAGGAGUGGGCCACUUGGGAUUUCUCAGUCUGCAUGGCCUUCACUAAGGCCAAAUCACCACAACCACCAUCACCGUCAACCAAGUAAUGGGUUGAGGCCCGUUUAUCCUAAUGGGUCUGGGAUACCCGGAAUUAAGAGGCAGUCAACUGGAACCGGAGUUUUUCUUCCAAGGAGAGUGGGGACCACUACAACUCAUCAACAACCUGAACCGCGCAAAAAACCAACUGGUUGUACUACUGGGAUUCAUCCAGCGAGGGUUAUAGAAGCAUCUAACAUGGAUUGCGAACCAAUGAAGAUGAAAAACGGAUUUGGGUUAAGUAGUAACUCACGAUUUGUUCCCGGAAUUCUGUCUGAAAACGAGAUUCUACUAGCAAGGAGAAAUGCUAUACUUGAACAACAAAUGAAAUAUUUGAUGAGGAAGGAAGUAGCCGCCACAACAAUGGUGGGUCAUGAAAUCUAUUUGCCAAGUGAUUGGAAAUACUGACGAUCUUGUAGGUUAUUUUCUGUCUCCUAUGGUUUGAAUUUGAAGGAGAAGAUCAAAAAUGGAGGUGAUUUGUGUGUGUAGAUCUUUUAGCUAUAGUAAGUAACAGGAGUUAGAAUUUAGGAAUUUCAUUUUAUUUCCAGUGUAGAACAACUGAACUAGGGACAAAAAAGGAAAAAGAAAAAAAAUAGAAAGUAAUUAUUAAAGGGGAAGGAGUGGGAAUGGUAAUGCAAAAUGGGAAUGACAGGAAUAAGAAGGAAAGGAAAGGAGGUAUUUUCUUUUCUUUUUUUUUAAAAUUAUUAAAAUGCUUUUGGAAACAAGAUAUUUCUACAAGUUUUUAAUUAGUUUUAGGCAGGAAAUACAAGUUUUUAAAAUUUCCAUGCAUAAGGGUGAUUUGUAAUAAAGUUGGGCGUAUUUAGUUAUUUUAGUAUGCUAAUUAAGCAAAAUUAUAGUAAUUUAGUUAAGUGAUGAUGUUUUAGGGAGAAGUGGAUUUUAUUAAUUUAAACCCCUUUUCAUUAUUGAUAAGUUAUGAUUUGGGUUUUUUUUUUUGGGGGGGCAUUUGUGUUUUUUUGUAAGGGAAAGAUGAAAAGGCCCAAUAGUUAAGUUUGAUGUAAUAUCCCUUUUAGUAUGGGGUUUAUAGUUCAAUAAUUAAUGAUAUAAGUUUCUUUAUUAAUGCUCUUACUAUUUAUAUUCUCUUUUUAUUUCCUCUUUUGCUUAUAUGUUUAUGU